AUGACAUUUUCUUCUCAGCAUCACUUUCAUACCGAAGCAGCUGAUCAAGAUCGAGACGAGGAACUUGCCUAUGGUACCAAAGUGUUGGCCGCGCAUAUGAGGCUUGCACGGGAACUAGACCAACAACCAGAUUUGUGUGACGUAUACUUUGUUGAGCUUCUCACCCUCUUCGGAGAAAAAGGCGUUGCUAUCCAGAAUGUGGUGACAUCAGAACGAUAUGUCAAGACGGAAGAUGCAAUCGAGCAGCUUUCCUCUUUUUUUUUUUUGCCGAUCGAAGCGCUUCUUACCCAUCCAGAUUACUCUCCACACCUUUUUGCUUCGCAAGAGCUUACUACGGUCCUCUUCCGGAAUAUGUUGUUACUCUGCGUCCCCUUUCACUUUAAAUCUGGUGAGGAGAGGGGCGUGAUGACGUGGCUCGUACCUGUUUUGGCGGAAAUCGCAACGAAGACCUCAACUCUGGUGCUCGAGAAUGUUCAUGAUGCGGCGAGUGAAAUCGAGUACAGAACUGUCAUCCGACAUGAAUUUGUGCAUUCUGUAACGUUCUCGUUGAUGGUGCAGGACGUCAAGAGUAUGCGAUCUGUCUCCUUUCUCCCAUCUUCUUUGGCGUCAUACUUCACGGAUGACAGCCUGAAUCGAAAGAGUUAUCUUGUUUACAGCACGGUGUACGAUUUCCACUCUGAGUGCACUGGCAUCACGCUGCAGCUCACGGACGACUACAAAUCAACUUUCAAGGGGAAGUUUCCUUUUUGCGACUUGCGGCUCGUAACAUUUGUGCCGACAGAUCCUGUAUGCUUCUUCGGUUCAUGUCGUUCCUACUUCAAAUGCUCAACUUCGUCUCUAAUCUCCAAUUUUCGUUGUCCUAAGUGUCUCGAUGGAACCGGCUUUGCACUGCAGACCCUUUUCUUAUGA